UUUUUGGAUAGAGCUAAUUAAAAUACAUCGGUCAGUAUUUUUAUUAUUACAAAAAAUAUACUUUUAUAGGCUGGGGUAGGGGGGGUGCCAUACCGGUUUAUAUAUAAGGUUAACUCGGUUCUGACGUCAUCGGCGAAGAUGGUGGAAACUGAUAUGCGAACAGUUCAAAUUUCUGUAAGUUUGUUCUAAUUAAUGAAUAAACUCAGUGGAACUGAGGACAUUUUUUUAAAAUCAUUAAGUUGACUAGUUAGAAUAUUUUUUUGUUAAAAGCAAUUUAUAAAUUCAGCGUAUACUCAAAAGUUAUUUUGAAGGUAAUAAGACAUGUAAAACAAUUCAAGGUAUUAUAUUUUAUCGAUUUUGAUUUUAAUCGUGAUUAAAAACCCUUUAAAUUAAACAAUCUUCUUAAAUAUUCGAAGUUAAAAGCUACUAUUUUUGUAUUUUAUGAUAUUUUUUUACUGCGAAAUACGGCGGCUGGACCCCUGAAUGCUCGGAAGAUAAUGUAGAAAUUCUACAUAUGCAGCGGAAUCGUUAUUCUGUUAUAAGAAUGGCAGAGGGAGAUUAGAAUGGAAAAUAGAAAAUUACAAAAUUUAUAUAAUAAAAGUUCUAAUGCAGCUCUUUGUAAAAAAGAUUGGUAACACAAUACACGUACAUAAAAUAUCUAAUAGGUUAAGUUUUCGCAAAUAUGUGAUUAAAGAAGGCAUUUAAAAUAAAGCAUCAAUAAAAUUUAAAUUUUCCAGGUGUAUUGUUUUAUCAAUCAUGCAGACCUUAUAGUCAUACGUAGCCUAUACGGCUACAGCAACAAGCAUAUCACGCAUUGAUGGUGUAAUAAAAAAUCCAUUUUCCAUUUCUAAAAGGGAGAUUGCGAUAGUAUCGAAUUAAAGCUCUUACAGAGCCAAUCAGACCGUUAUCAAAACAUUUCAUUGGUGGGUACAGUGGAAAUAGGGAGCAACUUCAGAGAUUUCAACACCAACAAAAUCAACGCGCACGGCACGCGUGCUAAGCCAAUUUCCAGUGGAAUAAAAAAUAUAAUUAGAAGCUCUAGAGAUAUAUAAGUAUACGUAGCUACUGCGUCGGCAUCUGUCCGACUGGCAAUUGUCUGUAGAAUACCAGCUAAAUAUAUUUACGCAAAACUGCAAGUGUUGCCUACUCACACACACUCUCUCUCUCUCUCUCUCUCUCUCUCUCUCUCUCUCUCGCCCGACUCUACGUAUAGGGUAGGACCAUCCCAGAAGCGUGCGCGUAACCUAACCUCCGAGUUAAAGCUGCGUGCAAGUUUCUGACGCAGAGUUUGUAUAUCCAGAGCAGAAUAGUACCGGCAGCCAAGUAGUACGCGAUUAUCCUAUACUUAUCUGUCAGUGUAUACGAGAUAUCAGUGGCUGCUUUAUCGAAGUGAAUCUGCGAUUUUGUAAAUUGAUGAUACGCAGUCUGCACAUCACGUAUAUCUAUUUCGCGAAGAGUGUGGGCGGUUCAGAUUGAAAUUUGAUUAAACACAUAGCCGUUAUUUAAAAUUGCUAUCGACUACCGACAAGGUAAUCGCGGCUAACCUGUAAGUGUCAAAGAAAAUGCCAUGGAACGCAUUGACUGUCGCAAUUGAGAAGUAAAGGCUUGAUGAGCCUGAUCCAACUAGAUGAACCAAGGUGAGGCGAGCGAGGAUAUCAUCGCUAAUUUAUCAGCCUUCAAUUGUAAUUUGCACAGCAGCUGCACCGGCUGAGUGCAUAUAAGGAGCAGGAGCUGUAGUAUAUACCUGUUAAGCGGCGAGUUCGAGUAGAAAAAAUUUGCUGUCGGACACCGCAGGUCCAGUGGUCCAAGUGCCGCUGUCGUCUCAGCGAGCCGAUGAUAAACGAUAUGGCGGACGACGAGGCUACCCAGGCCACCAACGACGACGCCAGUGAAUGCAAGCGCAGCGCAGUGCAGCUUGGCUACUGGACCGACAACUUUAUCAGCCUCUUUGUCAAGCAGCCAAACCGCAAAGCCCCGGAGAUCAACCGUGGCUAUUACGCCCGUGUCAAAGGCAUCGAGGUCUUUCUCGACAAAUUUCUCAAGAUAUCUGGUGGAAAGGGUCAAAUUAUUAAUCUGGGAGCUGGAUUUGACACUCUGUAUUGGAAACUUAAAGAUGCUGGAAAUACUCCAGUUAAUUUUAUUGAAUUAGAUUUCCCAAGCCUUACUGCUAAAAAAUGUUACCACAUAAAGAAGCACAAACAACUUAUUGAUAGAUUAAACACCGAGGAUGGAGAAAUUAGAUUUUCUACAACAGAUCUUCAUGCAGCUAACUACCACUUAGUAGGUGCCGAUUUAAGACAUGUCUCAGAUCUGGCGAAUAAAUUAAAACAGGCCGAGGCCAACUUUAGUCUACCAACUUUAUUUCUUGCGGAAUGUGUUUUAGUUUACGUUGACUCCAGUGCUACGUCUCAACUACUCAAAUAUCUGUCUGAAAAUUUCUCUAACAGUAUUUUUAUCAAUUAUGAACAAGUUAAUAUGCGAGAUAAAUUUGGACAAGUAAUGCUUUCCAAUUUACGCACACGAGGUUGUUUACUGGCAGGUGUUGAGGACUGCGAAUCUUUGGAAUCACAACAAAGACGUUUCACAAUCAAUGGUUGGGAAGGCUCUAAUGCUUGGACAAUGGUUGAAGUGUACGAUUCCCUGCCUGAGGCGGAUAGAUUACGUAUUGAACGCAUCGAAAUGCUUGAUGAGCGGGAACUUCUGACCCAGCUUUUACAGCACUAUUGUAUCUCUAUCGCAUGGAAUGGGUGUAUGUUUAAAAAUCUAUCGAUAGCGCAGGGUUAAAUUUGACGUUAUUCAAGCAUUACCAGCUGCUAUUUUGUUGGUGAUGCAACAAAUGAUCAAGAGCUUUCUAAAUUGACGUCAAAAUCACAAAUAGAUAGCGUGGUUCUUUAGUUAACAAUGCGCAACUUGAUUGUUCCCCAAAGAGUAUGUACAUCGAUCUUAUGUAGAGUUAUAUAUCAGGAAUCUAUAAUUCGAUACAGACUGAUCUUGCUUAGUAUUUAGACAAUAGAUGAAGAUAAAACUUGAAAUGAUUGCAUUUCAAUCACUACACACACGCACACACACACACAUACACAUACACACACACACAAAUAAAGAAUAAUAAUCUAUGUAAAAGGCUCUCGUAUAUAAAUCACAGAUUGAAACCAAAUGAGCGCCAAAGUGCCAUGAUGGCAAGUACUUAUAAUAAGUGUAUAAUGAAAAAAAUCUAAAAUUGGAAAGCUUUGUACAAACCUAUUUUUCUUAAAACAUAUUUCUCAGUUGUUUGUCCGACAACUUUUUCACACACUCACACACACACACACAUAAUUCAUAAAUUUUUAAUUCUGUAAAAAAUGUAUCAUAAAUUAUAUUAUCGCUUGUUAAUGCUGAAUAGCAAUGUUUAAAUUAUAAAAUAGAUAUUUUUAUCCAUACGUAAAUAAAAUGUUUAACACACAAGCACAAAAUAUUAUUAGCUUUAUGCAAUUUGUAUGAUUAUCGCAUUCUUUAGAAUGUUUAUAACUAUCUUUCAUAUUAUAUGUAUGAUAUAAUAUUCUAGAAAAUUUAUGUUUAAUGUAAUUUGAAACUUCAAUUUUCUAGAAUAUUAUAGCAUACAAUAAGCAUGUUUAAUGUAAUUUGAAACUUGGAAAACUAUUUUUCUAAGAAACAAACAUGGAAUCUAGUUACGACAAGAAAGUACUUGGUCUACACAUAAACUCUAUACAUUUUGCUUAUAUUUGUGUUUAAAUAUUAUGCAUCAUAAAGAUAUGAUUAAAUUAAUACGUGAUAUAUUUUCUGAAAGCAGAGUGUUAACGAAGGUCAAUUAACUAGUUUCAUUAAUAAUUGCACUAGUUUAAUUGCUGUCCGAUAAUUCAGUACUUAAUGACUCUAGUAGAGAAACGUUCGCCAGCUGUUCCCUAGCGUUUCGUCAAUUUGGUAUGCGUUGACUAAUUGUUUUAUAAACGAUUAAUUGUCAUUGACUGCCAAAAUAUAGUAUUUAUUGCGUUGCUGAAUGAAAAAUCAUUAAGAACAUAGACACACUCUAGUUUUUAUGUAAAAUAUAUACAUAUAUACGUUAUAUAUAAGGUAUGCGUUGUUCGAACAGCCGGAACAGCGAAGUUACUGUCUACCAUCAGGGAAAUGCAUGAAAAACUUGAAAGGAGCUAGGAAGCCUGUAGCCUUGAGAAAAAGGAAUUUGCUAAGGCUUGGGGUGCUUUUUCUGGCACCAAAAAAUUAAAGAUGAUACUUGUAUUUCAAUCCAGUCAACCUUGCAUUUGUCGCUACAUACAAUCAAUUUAAGUCAAAAUAACUGAUUAAAAAAUAGAGUCUAUUUAAAAAAGGUACUGCGACUGCAGCGGUGCAAAAUUGAUAAAAUGGUUGCCAGUAUAGGUUCUACCAUCCGGAUGGUAGUACAGAAAAUGGGGGCUAAUGUCCAAGAAAUUAAUAAUUUUUAAUAAUUUUACUAAACAAAAAAUAAUUAAAAUUUUUUCCGUAUUUCCCCAUUUUCCGUACUACCAUCCGGAUGGUAGCAUCUAUAUAGGAAACCAUUUCAUCAAUUUUGAAGUAUUUAAGAGUAUAAGUAUUUAGAAGUACAACCUGUUGAAAAUAAUAACGGCAUAAAAUAACGUCAUUUUUCGUUCCAAUUUCUUACAGAAAAUAACGUCAUUUAAUGACGUCACUGUAUGACGUCAUUAUUUUUUAUAGGGAUACGUAAUUUUAGUUGUUUUCAGAAUCAUCCGAAUAAUUAUUUUUUAAUUAGUGAAUUAUUAAUAGGCUUUGUAAAAAAUAAAAUAUAAACUUUUAUUGACUUCAUUAAUUGUGGAAAUUGUUUUUUUAUAAUUCUUUAUCAUAACAAAAAAAUCUGUCAACCUCUCAAAAGAUGUUAAAAUUUAUUGUUUUUAUUCAUUUUAUACUUGGUGAUUAGAAACUUUUUCCCGGAAGUAUGCAUUCAGGAGGAAAAUUAUGCGCUUGUUGAGACCUAUAAUAUAAUUUGGUUAAGGAAUAAAACUCAUUUUGUGUCAUGAUAUGUAAUAAUACAGACUGGAGAUAACAUAUAUUCAAUAAAAAUUCAUUAUUUAUUAUUAAA